AUGAGAGCUCAAGGUGGCGGCCUUGAUUACAAAUCCAACAACUAUUUGCAACCUCCACCAAUUCCGCAGAGCCAUACUUCUGAAUUAGAAAAAGCAUUAAUGCAAUUGACCAAGACGACUACAGAUUACAUGCAGGGCACUGAUGCCUUCAGGAGUGAUACAAGUGCAUUUAUUCAUGAAGCAAGAACAUCCUUUAAAAAUCAAGACAGCUUCCAGCUCAAGCAACAAGCACAAAAGCGACAAUAUGCCAGAAAGCAUAAGUUGCAGGAUUGUGAGACAGUAGCACUUACUGAAGAGUGCAGUGCCAUUAUACAAAAGAAAUUCCCACCAAAGCUUCGAGAUCCUGGGAGUUUCAACAUCCCAAUUGCGAUAGGCAACACUCAUGUUGGUCGGGCACUUUGUGAUCUUGGAGCAAUCAUCAACUUGAUUUCGUUGUCAAUAUGUAAGCCAUUGGGGAUUUCUGAGUUGAAGCCAACCAUGAUCUCUUUACAGAUUGCUGACCGUUCCUUGAGGAGACCUAAUGGAGUCAUAGAAGAUGUCCUUAUCAAAGUUGACAAGUUCAUUUCCCCUGCUGAUUUCAUUGUGCUGGAUAUGGAGGAGGAGAGUGAAAUACCCCUUUUGUUGGGUAGACCAUUUUUGGCUACGGCUCGAUCUAUGAUUGUUGUAGAACAAGGGAAGCUCGAACAGAGAAUGAAUGAUGAGACAAUCACUAUCAAUGUUUUUGAUGCUAUGAAGAACUCAUCUGAUCAAAGUGAUUGCUUCAGACUUGAUGUGUUUGAAGAAGUGGUCAAAGAGGGGAAGGUUGAUGAUCAAGAGCUUGAAGAAGAGUUGAAAACUCAAGAGGAAGCUACUCCACAAGAAGAGAAAGAAUUUGUUUUUGAGGUACUAAAAAAGAAAGAAAAUGAUUUAGUCACAGUAGUACCAAAAACAGAAUUGAAAGAGUUACCUAAAACUCUGAAGUAUUCCUUCUUGGGAGAUGAAAAGCAAUAUCUUGUCAUCAUCAAUAAGGAGUUGUCUACGGAUGAAGAGAAGAAGCUGUUAGAAGUACUCAAGGAGCACAAGACAGCUAUUGUGUGA